AUCCUGUUUAAAGCCAUACGAUAAGCCUGGCACCUGAGUGAUAAGAAUGGAGGUGAGCUACAGUUCUUGUUACCUCCAAUAAUAUAAGCCAUAAAACCAGCCCCUGCUGUGUUGGAUACAAUGGACUGCAAAUCAUCCUGUCAGCCCACCAAGGUGUGAUUCUCAAGGAAACUUGGAUAUCUGUCAACACAGUAUGGGACAACAAAGAAGACCCCCCACUCAAGAAGACAUCAAAAGGACAAGAACUGAUUGCAAUGCAAAUAAACUGUAACUGUUCUGAUUGGCCAUGGAGAUGUCUUGGGAUGGGCAAUGUAUGGGUUAUGUGUGUGGAUGACUGCUAUAUAUGUGUUACUUAUAGGAUGAUGAGAUAGAGACAGAGCACUUCCUACCCCCUUCCUAUCACCUUCCCCUCUUCCUUGCACCCCUAUCCCUUAAUUAGUUAGGUUCCCCCUUUGUAUUUAUAUGUAUAUGUGUAGUUUGUAAUAAACCCCUAUAAAGAUCCAGUUGUCCUCAAUCAAUUAGUAAGGCACCCCAAAACAAAGCAGUUUCUACAUUUGGCACCCCAGAUGGGACUGUGAUUUAAAAUUCCACAGAGGAUCCACAGGAACGAAUCUGCUUUGCUCCAAAUUUCUAAGAGGAAAAGAUCGAGGAACGAGGAAUCUGGAUCUUGGAUACAAAGGAAAUCCUGGUGAGUGUAUUGUUUCAUUUAUGUUAUUUGUAAGCUGAUCCUAGCAAGUUUAGUGUAGCUAUUAAUCAGGUUGUGUAUGACAUUUUAUUGGUAGUGAUUAGUUAUAGCUGUAAAGGAAGUGUGACUUAUUUUGUGUUUUUAGAAGUGAGCUUUACAUUGGAGUAGGCCGAAUAUAUGUUGUGUGAGACCAUUGUUCUAGAUAAGGUACUGGUCAGGUGAGGCCUAGGAUUUUGCUUGUUGUUGUAGGAGUGGUUGUAUUGUUAGUUUUGUUUGUUGUAUAUUACUGUAUUGUUAAUAUGGAACUUGUGGAGAAGUUUGUGGAGAAGCAUGCCUCUGUUAAGUACCAGAGAUGUGCAGAUGGGUCUCUGGGAGAUCAGUUUAUGGCAUUGAGGAUGCAGUGCCAGGAGUAUAAUGGUAACAUUGGUUGUAAAAAGAAUAGCAAGAAGUGGAAGAAAGAAAAGUUAGGUAAUGAAAUCUUAUUGCUUAUGAAAAUUAAGGAAAUAGCGGAAGAGAAGGAGACCAAGUGGCAGAAUGAGAGGAGGCAGAUGAAAGAGAGUUUAGAUAAGAUUGCAGAGUCUGUUCUUGAAAUUUCUGCAGAGUCCAGUAAUGAAUUGGGACAUUUAAAGGCAGAAAUAGAGGAAUUAACCGAAAGUAACAAAGGGCUGGUGGAGUUGGCAGAGUGGUAUGAGCUUAAGGUUGGCUCUAAUAGGUCCCAUUUAUUGUCUUUAGAGAAUAAGAUUAGUCAGAUGGAGGUGAUGAUAGCUGAUUUAGAAGGGCAGCUGGCUAAAGCAAGAUCCCGACUAGUCAGCCAAGAGCAGCACAUCCGGUCCCUUACAUUGCAUAAAUGUGAAGUAACAAAUGUCUGCACAAUUUCAUCUAUGGAUGGGGGCGGGGUAACAGGCAUGGUAGACGAUAGUCCUCCAGCUUUGACCAUCCAGGACAGACUCCAUUUGUGUAAAGUUAUUGGAGAAUGUAAUACAAGCGAAUCACCCAUAACUUUAUCCAAUAGGUUUGAAGCUGUAGUGAAGCAGUAUCACCUAGAUAACAAAGAUGCCUGGUCUCUGCUCCGAGCUUGGCUUCCAGGGCCACUGGCAGCGCAGUUAACAUCUGCCCACAUAGAUGAUGACUGUAGAGGUGCAGAAUUCCGGAGGAAGGAGCUGCAGCGUGUUUUGGGUGGACGAGACAUUAGGGGUGAAGAUGCCCUAAGAAAGUUGCGGUUCAGGCGAUGUGAUGAUCCGGUCAUAUUUUGUAAUGAUUAUCUCUCCCUAUAUAAGUCUGUUUAUAACUGCCCAGAAAUGUCUCAGGAUGAUACCAAUUUCCUGUAUUCCAUGGCAAAUAGAUGUAACGUAGAUUACACCACGAGAUUGGCGCUGAGAAAUACCAGCUCCCAUGAGAAAUUUAUCAAUAUUUUGAGGGACUGGUGUGAAGGGUCUGGAGACAGGAAUGAGACACCCGAAAACAUAUCUGUUGUGUAUAGACCUAGGAGGAAAUGGUGGGUUAGAUAUUGUUACAAAUGUGGCAGACCAGGACAUAUUAAAAAAUAUUGUGAGACAUCUAAUGUGUAUCCUGAGCCUAUAGACCAUUCAUCACAGCAGGAGGUUAGCAGCAUUCAGCCUGAGGGGGAGAAUCCCACCCAGAAUAAAGAAGUCACACAAAGGUGUGAAGAGAUGGGUGAUAUGGAGACUAACCCUGUUAUAUUUACAUCAAAUUCCCCAACAAAACAGUGCCCCAAUGUAAAUGAGGAAGAGACAAAGAAACAGAAAGACACAUCCCCUUGUGAACAGCAAAAGGCAGGCAUUAAUAUCCCAAUGUACAAUCCAUGGGGAAAUCUGCCAUUUUUACUAUUCUUGAGUUGGUCACAGAUUGCUCUACCCCUAUUGAUUAAUAGCACAGCACAGUGUGAUAAUAUGUGUUGGUAA